AAAAAAAACACAUUUUCAUAGAGAGCAACAUUUUUAAUAACAAUCAAAUAUCUGUAAUGAAAAUUAACAAAAAAUUCUAAACAAAACUCUUAGUUGUAUUGUUUAUUUAGGCACAACCCUCAGUUUUAAACAUCUUUAUUAUUUUUAUUAAUUAUCUUAUGAAAUAUAAAGCAAAGACCUUUUAUAAGUCUCCACAAAGUCUUAGGUACCUAACACAUACAAAAAUUGUUGAUUUGGAUAUAUUUUAGAAAUGAUUAUGUUGCAGUUUUGCAAGUGUUCCUAUUUGAAUACAAUGUGGGUUAUAAACAACGUGUUAUCUCGACAGAAUUAUCAGGAAAACAUAUGAAUUAUCUAAUGCAUUUUAAUUAUUUCAGGUAGGUGUUAAAAUUAUUAUUAUCUUUUUUAGAUUAUUUUUUAAUUAUAAAAGUACCUGAUACUUUGUUUUUUGAAAGUGUAGUGGUUACUUUUGCGCGUGAUUUUUCAAUAUGUCGAAAUCAGAAAAUAAUUUGGAGAACGUAUUACAAAAAAUAAAUGGGAAGUUCAUUUCUCUGCCGGAUAAUGAUAUUAAGAGAAAUAAUCAAAUUAUACAACAGUUGUUGGAUUUGAUAGUAACGGAAAUGGAACAAAAAAACACUUUAUUCAAAUCGCUGCAUAACAGAACGUUUUAUGGGGGUAGUUAUUAUGAUGGACUGAGAGUUGGCCAGCCCGACGAAUUCGAUCUCGAUUUAUUACUAUUGUUACCAAAAAAAGUUGAUAUAAUUCAAAAGAUUGCCAACGUUCCUGGAUAUGUAACGUUACAAUUAGAUUUGACUAAUUUGCUUAAACAGGCCGAAUUAAAAGAAAGAUACAAAGGUAUAGAGAAACUAUUGGACGACAAAAAUUAUCUUGACAAUGAUAAAGUACGUCGGUGGAUGGAAGGAGUUGUCGUUUCAGCUCUUAAUAAAUUCCAAUGCAAAAAUGGAUCAUAUAGUUUUAAUAUAGACAUGGGAACUCUAUACGGAAAUGUUCAUAAAAGUGGUCCCGCAUUUACUUUGAAAAUAGAAGGAAUUAUUGAUAACAAAAAAAUAAAUUUGGACAUUGAUUUGGUUCCAUGUUUUGAAUUAACCAAAGAAUAUUGGCCUCAAAGCCCUCCUUUCAGAAAGAAUUCAACCUCUAAGACAAAUUUCUUUAUCGUACCGAAGCCUAUAAAAGGCACCGGUCAGGUUAAUAACAGAAAUUGGAGACUCUCUUUUCAGGAACAGGAAAGGGAAUUGAUGAAAUCGAAAGCGUAUUUAAAACCAAGUAUAAAAUUAUUGAAGAAAUUAAGGGACACUCAGAAGUUGAAUGCUAUUGCUAGUUAUUAUAUAAAAACUGUUGCUCUUUCGGAAAUUGAAAAGAGAGAAACGGAAUUUUGGAAUACCUCACUUAGUACGGUAUUCAUGACGGUAAGGUACCAAGAAAAAAAUCAAAUUUUUUUACUUCAGAAAAUUGUGCGAAAAUGUGAAAUUUGGAGAAAAACUUUGAGAAUUCCUUGCAAAUUGAAAAAUAGUGGAAAAAUGCCGAAACUUGAAAGAAAUCAAAAAAUACAGAAAAUUGAAAAACACGGAAAUUCCGUUAAAACUUGAAAGAGAUCAAAAAAUCCGCGAAAAAUACAAAAAAAUUUGAAAUUACGGAAAUACGAAAAUUCCACAAAAAAUAUGGGAAAUCACCGAAAAUUGUAAAAAAUCUGUAAAAUUCGAAUAACAAAGUAGGUUGCAAAAAAAAAGGAAAAAUAAUCGAAAAAAUAAGAAAUAUUUUCCAAGACUGUUAACAUAUUUCGUUCCCCCAAACUUUUGAACCCCAAAUUUCAUCCCUUUAUAUAUUUAUU